AUGAACGACACAACGGAAACAAACAUAGCAAUCCUGUUUCAGAAACCUGUCAAAGCUGCGCUGUCUAUGCUGCCAUGCCUUUUCUUCCUCUAUGUAAACGCUGUCAUGCUGUUUGCCUUGCUGAGGAAGCCUCUCCUCCUGGAGUCCCCCCGCUACCUCCUCUUUGGUCAUUUGCUCCUCACUGAAUCUCUGCAGAUCCUGUUCACUAUGUUGCUCUACAUCUUUGCUGUCACCAUGGUCAGAAUGAUCAGCUACGUUUGUAUUAUUUUCACACUGCUGGCAUCCGUCACUGUUAAAAUGUCACCCCUUAACCUCGCUGUGAUGUCUUUAGAGAGGUAUGUUGCUGUUUGCUUUCCACUGAGGCAUGCUGAUAUUGCCACCAGCAGGAGUACGAGAGUGGCUGUUGCUGUUAUGUGGACGGUGGCUUCUUUGGACUCGUUCACGCACCUUUUCCUCUUUGUCAGUCUGGAAAACACAGGAUUUACUUUGCACGGGUUCUGCUACCGACAGAACGUCUACCGGCUACAAAUUUAUUCAACUAUAAACAAGGCCUUCACCAUUGUGUAUUUUAUAUUAGUGGGCAUAAUUAUUAUCUACACAUACAUUGCAAUCAUGAUUACUGCAAAGUCAGCCUCCUCGCAUGUUGGUAACACCACUAAGGCUGGUAAAACAGUGCUGUUGCAUCUGUUUCAGUUAUGCGUGUGUCUUGCCUCCACUCUCUUUACCAUGAUUGAAUCCAGCAGCACAUGGACCAUUAAUCCUGCCAUGAUCGUUCACGUUCGCUAUGCCCUCUUUUUAGGUCUUAUCAUUUUCCCAAAGUGUUUGAGCCCCCUCAUAUACGGCCUCAGAGAUUACACCUUCAGACAGGUCUUCAAAUACUAUUUCACUUUUGGCUUGAAAACCGCUGCAAAGACGUCUCCUAAAUGUUGA